AUGGUAUCAGAGCCAGACCCGAUCCUUGAUCCGCCUUCUGUGAAACGUCCGGUAGAGACAUCGGAACAAAAUGAGAUACCGGAGUCAAAGAGGAAGAAGAGAAAGGUUAACAAUGGCCGUCAAGCUAUUGAAGAGAAGAAGUCUGUAUUUAGUAGGUUCUGGAGCGAAGAGGAUGAAAUUGCCAUCUUGAAGGGAAUGGUCGAGUACAAAUUGAGUAAUAGGGCUGACCCAUAUACUGAUAUGGCCCAUGAGCGCAAGACAUUCGAACUCUCAAAGAAGAUAUGGGGUAGUGGUAUAUAUGUAGCAGCAGCUAGUGGUGGAAUAAAAGUUAGUGGAGAGAAUUUUUUGUCCAUGUAUCCCAGAUUGAAUGAGUCAUUGCAGUGGGUAAACCACGGAGUGUCGGAGUCUGGGAGGAACUUCUUGAAGGAAGGAAUGCAAUUGGUUGGAAGUGCCAAUGCAGAAAAUAUGAAGGAAAAGUGGAGAUAUUUGCAGAUUCAUGAAAUGGAGUUAUACCUAAAACGUGUUCACUUAAUUCAUCAGCUGACUAAACUAGUGUUGGAUGAAAUCAAGUCUGUCAAGUCAUAA